AUGGAUUCACCUAAAACCACCACCACCACCACCGCAACAACCACCAUCUCCGCCACCACCACUGUCAGUUUAUUAGAUUCUCCUCCAGUUCAAGAAUCCCCGUUUUCUAAUUACGUAAGCAGGUUAUCCCCUAUUAAGCCUGUCAAGGCUUCGCAUGUAGCACAAGGACUCCUAGGAAUAAAUUCUCCUCCACUUGUCUUCACGUCACCACGGACAUUGUCAGACCGCCAAACAAAUUUCUUGCGAAGGUUUCCAUGUCCUCAGAUAUCUGGGGCAGAGAUAUCUAAGAAUGAUGGUGGAAGCAAGAAAUCUGCUGAUGGUCCAAAGGACCUGAGGAAAUCUAGCACCUAUUUGAAUAGCAGACUGAUUAUUAAUGUCCAGAAGAGCAAUAAUAUCAACAACUUUGAACAAGACCAACUUGGUAGCUUCUCAGGGUGCGUUGAUGAGUACUUAUUUGAUCCCGUGGAUGUAGAUUGUGCAGACUCUGUUAAUUUGACAAAAGGGGAUGCGUCUCAGGCCAUGCCUGAGCAAGAUGGAGAGGAUCCUAAGGAGCAUUCAACAUCUGAAACUAUAAAGGAAAAAAUUGAAGAGGAAGGAAACAUUGUUGAACAACCAUCUCAUGUCUGCCCAAAUUUUAUGUCUGACUUGCUUGUGGACCAUACUUCCAGGCAACAACAAUGUGACACUUCAGGGGCUCAGGCUGCUCCUCCACUUGAAGAUUAUGGUGAGGAUGGGGGAACAGUCUUGCAUGGACCUGUUCAACUCAUAACACACCAUGGUUCAGAGGUCAGUCAGCUCCAUCGUGGCAUGAGUAGACGCUGCCUUCAGUUUGAAAAAGCUCAACAGAAAACUCCUAUGGAUGGCACAUACUCUCUUGAUUUAGCAAUCACUAUAAUUGGUUCAAUAUCAUCUUCUUCCAAUACAGAAUUGGAGAUUUUGGAUUCAUCUCAGGUGGAGUUACCUAGCUCUUCUAGAAAGAAGCAAACUGUGUUUGUGUCCAUGCCAUCCGCUGGGCACAAAAUUAGUUGCUCCAAACUACCCAGUUUAGUUGAAAGAGUCUCUUCAACUGCGGGAGAUGAUGUGCUCCAAACUAAGGCUUCACUUGCCACAGGCUCUGCCAUUUCCGAGUCUCUUCACACCAAGGAAACUUUAAAUAAGUUGCAGCCACCUGAGCAUCAGAUAACCCUACACAAUAAUAAGAGAUUUAGCUCAGAGCAUGCUGACAAUUUUGAGGAGUUCAACCAAUCAAGCCCCAAGAAGAAAAGGAAGAAAGUAUCAAGCACUGAUGGUGAUGGUUGCAAACGUUGUAACUGUAAGAAGACUAGAUGUUUGAAACGAUAUUGUGAUUGUUUUGCGGCCGGAAUCUAUUGUGCUGAAACUUGUGCUUGCCAAGGGUGCUUUAACAGACCUGAAUACGAGGAUACUGUUCUUGAAGCACGUCAACAAAAAGAAUCGCAUAAUCCACUUGCUUUUGCUCCGAAGAUUGUACAGCAUGUGACUGAGUUUCAUGCAAUCAAUGUGGAAGAUGCAAGCCUGUUUACGCCGUCCUCAGGUAGGCAUAAGACAGGAUGCAAUUGCAAAAGGUCAAUGUGUGUGAAAAAAUAUUGUGAAUGCUAUCAGGCUAAUGUUGGAUGCUCCAAUGCUUGUCGAUGUGAAGGGUGCAAAAAUAUCCAUGGUAGGAAAGAAGGUGAGAAAUUACACAGAAAUUAAAUUUUGAAUCAACUCUUUAGCUGCCAUCAUUUGCCACAAAUUAUGAUAACAGUUUUAGCAAUUACAAGAAAUUUGAAAAUUCAUUUCUCAGCCUCUGUGGAUUCUCCUUCCAGCUUUACAAGACAUUAAUUCUAAUGACUAUAUAUCAUGUGGAAAAUUUUACAAGUUCUUUUGGUGGUUUAGUGAAAGAUAAUUUAGAGAAAACCUGGAAGUGUCAUAGAAUGUUUGGAAGCACCGAAAAUAGAAGUGAAUAUGGUAUGACUGGAGAAAUAGUAAGCAAUAGAGCUAAUGAAGAAAGGUUAGAAAGUAUGGCUGAUAACAAAUUCAAAAUGAUUGUAAAUAAUAAAUUUUUACAUGCCGAGCUAUGUGAUCCGCGUAGCCUCACACCAUCA